GGGGUGGACUCCAUCUCCCGGUGUGCUCCGGGCCCCGCGGGCUCCUGGGCCAGCUCCUUGUGUGGGAUGUACGAGCGGAGGUCGCCAUGGGGCUGAAGGCUGCCCAGAAGAACCUGUUCCCUCUGCGCUCCAUCGAUGACGUGGUGAGGCUCUUUACUGCCGAGCUGAACCGGGAGGAGCCGGACCUGGUGCUGCUGUCCCUGGUGCUGGGCUUUGUGGAGCAUUUCCUGGCCGUCAACCGGGUGAUUCCCACCAACGUGCCCGAGCUCUCCUUCCAGUCCAGGCCGGCCCCCGACCCCCCCGGCGGCCUCACCUACUUCCCCGUGGUCGACCUCUCCAUCAUCGCAGCCCUCUAUGCCCGCUUCACUGCCCAGAUCCGCGGCGCCGUGGACCUGUCUCUCUACCCCCGGGAGGGCGGCGUUUCUAGCCGAGAGCUGGUGAAGAAGGUCUCCGACGUCAUAUGGAACAGCCUGAGCCGUUCCUACUUCAAGGACCGAGCCCACAUCCAGUCCCUUUUCAGCUUCAUCACAGGCACCAAGCUGGACAGCUCUGGGGUGGCCUUUGCCGUGGUGGGGGCCUGCCAGGCCCUGGGCCUCCGCGACGUCCACCUGGCCCUGUCCGAGGACCACGCCUGGGUGGUGUUUGGCCCCAACGGGGAGCAGACGGCUGAAGUCACAUGGCACGGGAAAGGCAACGAGGACCGCCGGGGACAGACGGUGAAUGCCGGCGUGGCCGAGCGGAGCUGGCUGUACCUCAAGGGCUCCUACAUGCGCUGCGACCGCAAGAUGGAGGUGGCCUUCAUGGUGUGCGCCAUCAACCCCACCAUCGACAUGCACACGGACUCUCUGGAGCUGCUGCAGCUGCAGCAGGUGAGGCCUGGGACCCUCCCCCAGCUGGCCCCUGACUCGGGCUCCUGGCCCUGUGGGGCCCUGAUUCCUGGCCCUGUGGGACCCCAGGUCUGGCUCCCAGCCCCGUGGGGUCCCAGGUCUGGCUCCCAGCCCCGUGGGGCCCCCAGAUCAGGCUUUUGGCCUUAUGGGGUCCCAAGUCUGGCUCCCGGCCCCGUGGGGCCCCCAGAUCAGGCUUUUGGCCUCAUGGGGUCCCAAGUCUGGCUCCCGGCCCUGUGGGGCCCCCAGCCACAGGAGUUCUUCGAGGUGGCCAACGACGUGGUGCCCAACCUGCUGAAGGAGGCGGCCGCCCUGGCCGAGGCUGGCGGGCCGGGGAGAGAGGCCAGGGGGGGAGGGGGGGGAGGGGCAGGGCCCCCUGUGCCCGCCCAGGCCCAGGGUUCGGCCCUGCAGGACCCCGAGUGCUUCGCCCACCUGCUGCGCUUCUACGACGGCAUCUGCAAGUGGGAAGAGGGGAGCCCCACGCCCGUGCUGCACGUGGGCUGGGCCACCUUCCUGGUGCAGUCCUUGGGGCGCCGGGGGGGGCGGGGCUGGGCGCCGGCUGGCCCGGGCCCCCAGGUCCGGCAGAAGGUCCGAAUCGUGAGUCGGGAGGCAGAGACCGCGGAGACGGAGGAGCCUUGGGGGGAGGAGGCCCGCGAAGGCCGCAGGAGGGGGCCCCGGCGAGAGUCCAAGCCCGAGGAGCCCCCGCCCCCCAAGAAGCCGGCCCUGGACAAGAGCGCGCCCCGCAGGCCGGGGCUGGCCCCGGGCCCCGGCCCCGAGGGGGCGCGGCCCCCCCCCCGCCUGGCCUCCCCGCCCCGGGGCCGGGCCUUCCAGGGAAAGAUGAAGGGCAUGAAGGAGCUGCUGGUGGCCACCAAGAUCAACUCGAGCGCCAUCAAGCUGCAGCUCACGGCCCAGUCCCAGGUGCAGAUGAAGAAGCAGAAGGUGUCGGCGCCCAGCGACUACACGCUGUCCUUCCUCAAGCGGCAGCGCAAGGGGCUCUGAGGCCCCGCCCCCGGGCGCCCCGCCCCCGCCCGUUUGUACAUAGAUUUAUUUUUUAGUCUCCGGGAAGAUGAAUAAAUUUUUGUAACAAAACCGAGUGUCCCGCGGUCGUGCUCGGGGCUCGGGGGCG